AUGAAUAUUUCUCCCUUAUCAAAUGUAAAUGAUGUUAUUGAUCUUGAUUCUUCAACAGAUUCCAGCGAUAUUCAACAAACCACUUUUUCUAUUUCAUCUGAUUUAUCAAAUGUGCCGCAUAUUGUUCCACAUAUAUCUGCAGAAAAUAUUAUUACGAAUUUAAAAUUUAAUAAAAGUAAUUGGUUUGUUGUUUAUGUAACAUAUAAAGAAUCUAAUUGUUGGAAAUGUUUUGGUAUUCGUGCUCGACAACUUGAGAAAGGGGAAUUACAAUCAUCCAAACUUACGAAGGAACUUCUCUAG